AUGGCGCACAGAUUGGAAAUAAUUAUGGGACAUUUACUGCUGAAUUCCAUACCGUUCCAGAGCGACCAGAAACCCCCCCCUAAUCCUUUAUCGACCGUACCAUUCGCGCGCGAUCAAGAAUUUGUCAGUCGGGACACACUGCUACACCAGAUACGGGAGAAGAACUCGGUGCCAGGGUCUAGGAUAGCUCUGGUCGGGCUCGGUGGUGUGGGAAAAUCACAACUUGCCAUCGAAUACUCAUAUCAGAUUCGAUCCGAAUCACCGACGACAUGGGUCUUUUGGAUCCACGCGAGCAAUCACGCCAGAUUCGAGCAAAGUUUUCGGGACGUUGCAGAUCAGGUUAAGAUCCCCGGGCGUCGGGAACCGAAAGCUAAUAUAUUCGAACUGGUCGAAAACUGGCUGCGUGAUGAGAAGAAAGGGAAGUGGAUAUGUAUUCUUGAUAAUAUAGAUGACCCUGAACUUCUCUCUUCGCCCUGGACAGUCUCAAACAUCACUUAUGUGAAAGAACCAACGAAUGUGCCCGUGAAACCACUUUUGGAAUAUAUUCCCAAAAGCCAAAGUGGAUCUAUCAUUAUCACCAGUCGGAGCAGAGAGGUUGCGCUCAAGAUGGUGAAAUACAAUAACUUGAUUGAAGUCAGACCAAUGGAACCGUGCGAGGCGCUAGAGCUUCUUCAGAAUAGGCUUGGACAACCAGAAGUAAAUAAGGAGAGUCAAAGAUUAGUAGAAGAGCUUGAGUUCAUGCCGCUCGCGAUCGUUCAGGCGGCGAGCUAUAUCAGAGCUCGAGCCUCACGCUAUUCGAUAGCACAAUACCUCCGAGACUUUCAGGCAAGUGACCGCGAGGCAACCAAACUUCUAAGAAAAGAGGCAGAUUGUCUAGAUCGGGAUUGGGAAGCAAAGAACUCAAUUCUCGUGACCUGGCAGAUAUCAUUCGAUUUCGUUCGCCGCAGAAAGUCAUCCGCCGCGGACCUACUCUCCCUUAUUGAUGGGGAGUCAUCUGAGUCUGAUGAAAGACCCGAUUUUGAAGAUGAUAUUAUCAUGCUGAGAAGCUUUUCGUUUAUAUCCACUAGCGAGACCGGGAGCUUCUUUACUAUGCAUCGGCUGAUACAACUGACAACGCGUGCAUGGCUCAAAUCUCAGGGGAAAAUGGACCAAUGGAGAGAAAGGUUCAUCAGUAUAUUACACCAGGAGUUCCCAACUGGCGAAUAUGCGAAUUGGGGGAAGUGCCAGUCGCUAUUUCCACACGUUCGAGGUGCAUGGUAUGCCUCGGGAAGCGGCAAUGUGGCAGAUGUUAAGAGCAUGGCAUCUAAAUCAAGAGAGCAGAGAAUAAAAUGGCUGGGAGAUGACGAUGAAGAAGCAAUUACAAGUACAGCGAUGUUAGCAGAAGCGUACUUACUCGAGGGCCUAUGGAAGGAGGCAGAGCAGCUCCAGGUGCAGGUUAUGGAAGCUCGUAAGAUGAAGCUCGGCGCGGACCAUCCCGAUACGUUGACCAGCAUGGCCAACCUUGCUUUGACCUUUAUGUAUCAGGGUCGGUGGGACGAGGCAGAGCAGCUCCAGGUGCAGGUCGUGGAGACGGAAUCAACAAAUCUCGGCGUGGACCAUCCCUCUACGCUCAUGAGCAUAGCUAACCUCGCGUCAACGUGUAGCAAUCAGGGCCGAUGGGAAGAGGCGGGGCAGCUUAUGGUGCAGGUCAUGGAGACUCGCAAGAUAAAGCUGGGCGUGGACCAUCCCGAUACAUUGACCAGUAUGGCCAACCUCGCGUCGACAUACUGGGAUCAGGGUCGAUGGGAUGAGGCAGAGCAGCUCGAGGUACAGGUUGUGGAGAUGAGCAAGGAGAAGCUUGGUGCGGACCAUCCCAAUACAUUAAGCAGUAUGGCCAACCUUGCGUCAACAUACUCAGAUCAGGGUCGGUGGGAUGAGGCAGAGCAGCUCGAGGUACAGGUUGUGGAGAUGAGCAAGGAGAAGCUUGGCGUGGACCAUCCCAAUACACUGACCAGUAUGGCAAACCUCGCGUCGACAUACUGGGAUCAGGGUCGGUGGGAAGAAGCGGAGAAGCUCAUUGUGCAGGCUGUGGAGAUAAGCAAGGAGAAGCUUGGCGUGGACCAUCCCAAUACACUGACCAGCAUAGCCAACCUGACGUUGACAUAUAGCAAUCAGGGUCGGUGGGAUGAGGCAGAGCAGCUCGGAGUACAGGUUGUGGAGAUGAGUAAGGAGAAGCUUGGUGCGGACCAUCCCAAUACAUUAACCAGUAUGGCCAACCUGGCGUCGAUAUACUGGGAUCAGGGUCGAUGGGAUGAGGCUGAGCAGCUCCAGGUGCAAAUCAUGGAAGCUCGUAGGAUGAAGCUCGGCGCAGACCAUCCCGAUACGUUGACCAGUAUGGCAAACCUCGCGUUGACCUAUAUAGAUCAGGGUCGAUGGGAUGAGGCUGAGCAGCUCCAGGUGCAGGUUAUGGAAGCUCGUAAGAUGAAGCUCGGCGCGGACCAUCCCGAUACGUUGACCAGCAUGGCCAACCUUACUUUGACCUUUAUGUAUCAGGGUCGGUGGGACGAGGCAGAGCAGCUCCAGGUGCAGGUCGUGGAGACGGAAUCAACAAAUCUCGGCGUGGACCAUCCCAGUACGCUGACUAGUAUGAAUAAUCUGGCGUCCACCUAUUCACAUCAGGAUCGGUGGGAUGAGGCCGAGCAGCUCUUUGUACAGGUUAUAGAGUUGAGAAAAACGAAGCUCGGUGUAGACCAUCCUAGUACGUUGACCAGUAUGAAUAAUCUGGCGUCGACCUAUAUGGAUCAGGGUCGGUGGGACGAGGCCGAGCAGCUCUGUGCACAGGUUAUGAAUACACGCAAGACGAAGCUCGGCGUGGACCAUCCCUCCACUCUCAUGAGCAUUGCCAACCUCGCGUCUACGUAUCGCACUCAGGGGCGGUUGAAAGAGGCCGCGCAGCUCGAGGUACAGGUUUUGGACUCAAGAAAAACGAAGCUCGGUGUGGACCAUCCCGACACGCUGACGAGCAUGGCCAACCUGGCGCUCACAUGGAAAUCUUCCGGUCGCAACACCGAAGCCAUCGAACUACUACAGGCCUGUUUAAACAGGCAGAAAGAGAUAUUAGGGACUAAUCAUCUGCACACUUCAUCUAAUGCUGAAACGUUGUUGCAAUGGGAAACAGAGGCGCUGGAUAUCAAUGCCUAA